AUGAGAGGCAUUCCAGAAACAAGUUAUGCGAAGAUUCCCAAAUACUUGUACAUGAUGAAGGAAGCUAAUCCUGGGUCACAUACAUCUUACGAAACUGACAAGGAUGGGAGAUUCCGAUUCCUUUUCAUCUCAUUUGGGCAGUGUGUCCGAGGUUUUUACAGAGCCAUUCGAAAAGUUAUUGUUCUCGAUGGGACGUUUUUGAAGAGCAAAUUCAAAGGUGUUUUACUAGUUGCUACUGCUUUGGAUGGAAACUCAAAUAGUUUAGCUUUUGUCUCUGAUAGGAAUACCUCACUUGGUAAAGCUAUUGCAAACGUGUACCCUCAAUCUCAUCAUGGAAUUUGCAUUCACCACUUGCUGAAUAAUGUUGUAACUUAUUACCAUGGGAAAGGUUUGGUUGGUUUGGUUGCAAAGGCUUCUAAAGCUUAUCGAGUUGCUGAUUUUCAGAAGAUCUUUACAGAUAUUUACUCGAUUAGUCCGGCGAUUGGGAAAUAUCUAAUAGAGGCUGAUGUGAGAAAGUGGGCUCAAUGUCAAUUUCCUGGUUUGAGGUUUGAUAUUAGGACCAAUAAUCCUGCUGAAUCGAUGAAUUCUGCAUUGCGUUCGCCAAGGGAGUUUCCGAUCAUUCCUCUACUAGACAGCAUAAGGGAAAUGAUGACUCGAUAG